AUGGAGGGGUAUUUGAUUGCUCAACCAUUCCUUCGGAAUAGCAAAUUAUUAUACAGCUUUUUAACAUCAAAUGAACCAUUCAAUACAAAUAUAUUUGAAUUGAAUUUAGGACGUUUAGUGAAAUCGGUUCCGUUAAAAUUAACCAAAGAGAAGGGUCAAUUCUUAGACAAUUUCCUAUCGUCUUACUUUGCAUCAUGUCAUCCACAACCUAUAGAAAGUGAUCUCAAUAAUUUGGAAAUGAUUAAAUUAAAAUCUUCAUCCAUUCAUUCUACAACUGAAACUGGUAGUUAUUCUACUUCUUUUAAUCCAUUAUUAAAUACUACUAAUAAUCAUAUAAGUAAUACUAAUAACGUUAUUGAUGAUACUACUUUUCAUUUUUCAACAACUUCAUCAACUAAUGUACUAGAGGAUAGAAAUCUUAUACAUAAAUUAAAUUAUAAUAAUUUUAAAGUGGAUACAUAUCCUGUAGAGAAACAUAUUGAUUAUUAUAGUCGUUAUGUAUUAAAUUCACCGCAACAUAAACAUCAAAGUCGUACAAGUUUAGAUCAUCGUCUACGUUCACGUAUCUAUUGGAAUAAUGCGGGAUUAACAUAUGAAAAACAAAAGGAUACAAUAAAUCAGUCAUCUAACUUAUCAACAGUUCAUUUAACAAGUUUAUCUGAAAUCAUUUUAUAUUUUUUGGACAAAAUUAUCACAUUAUUAUCAACAUCAUAUUUUUCAAAUGAUAAGAAAUUCUCUCUUCAUUCAAAUCAUUCACAAUUAUCAUCUCAUGUUGAAAUGAUAUCAUCAUCAUCAUCAUCAUCAACAACAACAACAACAGCAGCCGCCGCCGCCACCACCACAUCAUCUUCAUCUAUUCAAAGGAUGAAUUCAUUACAAGAAAUCAAUAUAGAUAAUAUAAAAUCAUCAAUUGAUCCUUGGGAUAUUACUAAUCCAUAUUGGAAUGAAGCAUUUUUAAAUGGUCCAUCUUUAUCAAAUGUAAUGACUACUUCUCCUCCUCCUCCUCCUCCUCCUUCUCCAUCUUCUACUACUACUACCACUACUACUAAUACGAAUCAUAUUCCUUCAAGAAGUCAUCAGUCGUCGUCGUCAUCAUCAUCAUCAUCAUCGGAAACUAGACUAGAUCCUAUUCAAUCACAUUAUAUACCAAUAAUAUCUAUUAAUUUCAAAGAUAUUUAUGAUGCUAUUUAUGAAUUCUAUUUAUUUAUUAUAAAACAAUGUCAAUUCUAUUUCUAUUAUUUUAUUUAUAAAAUAAUUAUAAUUUUAUUUAUUUAUUUUAAAUCAUCUAUUAAUUAUUGGUUAAUGAAUUAUUUUAUACAAUCUAUUUAUGAAAUAUUUUCUGAUGAGAAUUUUGCACAUCUAUUAAAUAAUAUUAAAACAAGUAUAUUCUUUCAUUCUUCUAAAAAAAUUGAUAUGGAUAAGUCAAAACGUAAAGAAAAAGCGCGUAUUGCAAUUGAAAAAGCGAUUCUAAAUAUAACUGGUCUUUCAUAUUUCACUAAUUUAGAAAUUAUACAUGAUCAAUUAAAUCGAAUAUUUGAUUGUUUUCAAUAUUCUAAAUGGAAUAAACAAUUAACUUAUAUUCUAUUAGAUCAAUUCCUUUUAGAAUUAUUUCCGGAACUUCAUUUAAAUAAUACAAAUAAUAAUGAUGAGAUGAAUACUAAUACUUCUCAUACUACUACUACUAAUACUACUCAUACUACUAAUAAUACUAACACUAAUGCUACUACUACUACUACUACUACUACUACUACUAAUGAUAAUAGUGAUAUGAUGCUUAGAGUAUGAAUUAGCUUCUCAUGAUUAUUAUCUCUUAUACUACACAUAUGAAAUAUUAUUGUACAGAAAUUAUAUUUGUGUAAAAUUCAUUUUGUUUACUUUGAGAUUAUUAUUAUUAUUAUUAUUAUUAUGUCAUUGUUUUUAUGUGAAUUGUCACACGCGCACACACACACACGUACACACGGCAAUGUACCCCCCUCCCUCUAUAAAUAUAUACUUAGAUACACAACUGUAUAUGAAUUGUCAUAUUAUGGAAUAGUUAUAUUAUCAUUUGAAUUAUAUUUUUAUUGUCCUUUACUGUAUACUGUUUGUUUGUUGUUGUUGUUGCUGCUGCUGUUGCUUCUGCUGUUGUUAUACAUCAGUUGCUUGUUUCAUUCAGUUGUUGUGAUAAAAAAAAGAAAAGAACGAGAGAAAGAAAGAAAAGGAAAACAAUUAUACCCUUACAUAAUCAUAUUAUUUAUGAUCACUACAGA